AUGACGGUCUUUGUGAACAUUAUUCCGGUAGUGAACAAGAAUGCUCGGACGUUGAACGGUGUUUUCGCGACGUCCGGGUUCGGUUCAAGCUUGGAGUUGUUCAUACUUAUUUUCGUGGCUUUGGUUAGCGAUGGUAGACUAGGGUCAUGUUCUCGUUCGGGGACGGGGGCGAGGGUUAGGAGGGGUAAGUGCGUUAAAGGAGCCUCUAGGUUGAGAGUAGGGUCUUGGAACAUUGGGACGUUAACGGGGAAGUCCAUAGAACUAGUUAAGAUUCUUAAGAAGAGGAAAAUUAAUAUAGCUUGUGUCCAAGAGACUAAAUGGGUAGGUCCUAAAGCUAAGGAGGUAGACGGGUAUAAGCUUUGGUUCUCUGGUAGGUCGAAGUAUAGGAAUGGGGUAGGCAUUUUAGUAGAUAGUGAAUUAAGGGAUCAGGUGGUAGAGGUUAGGAGAGUCACUGAUAGGAUGAUGUCGAUUAAGGUGGUCGUUGAAGGGCUUACUUUGAACAUUGUUAGUGCAUAUGCGCCACAAGCGGGCUCAGGCGAGGAGGAGAAGAGGCGCUUUUGGGAGGAUUUGGACGAGUUAGUGGGAGGCAUACCGCCUACUGAGAAGCUAUUCGUGGGAGGUGAUUUCAAUUGGCACAUCGGGCCUAUUUCGGAGGUUAUGAUGAUGUGCAUGGAGGCUUUGGCUUCGGGGACGGGAAUGGAGGAGGAGCCUCACUUUUUGGAUUUUGCAAGAGCUUUUGGGUUGGUGAUAGCCAAUUCGAGUUUCCCGAAGAAGGAGGGCACUUGGUAA